AUGUGGAAACCAUAGAAACAGUGCAGGGGAGAUUUACAAGAACGUUGCCUGGAUUGGGGAGGAUGCCUUAUGAGAAUAGGUUGAGUAAACUCGGCCUUUUCUCCUUGGAGCGACGGAGAAUGAGGGGUGACAUGAUUGAGGUGUAUAAGAUAAUGAGAGGUAUUGACCGUGUGGAUAGUCAGAGGCUUUUCCCCAGGGCUGAAAUGGCUAACAUGAAAGGGCACAGUUUUAAGGUGCUUGGAAGUAGGUACAGAGGAGAUAUGAGGGGUAAGUUUUUUAUGCAGAGAGUGGUGAGUGUGUGGAAUGGGCUGCCAGCAACAGUGCUGAAGGUGGAUUCUGCAGGGUCUUAUAAGAAACUCCUGGACAGGUACAUGGAGAUAAGAAAAAUAGAGGGCUAUGGGUAACCCUAACUAAUUUCUAAAGUAAUACAUGUUCAACACAGGGUUGUGGAAGGGAGUGUAGCAGUGGUCAAGUGUGUUAUCUCCACUAGUGCUCACCUGGAUGUGCUGACAAAACUUCAGAGAGAUUUUUGUCAGCGACGCUCAAUUAAAGUCACCGGUGACGAUGAAGACAGCCUCUGGAUGUGCAGUCUCCAGCGUGUUGAUGGUCUUGUACUGUUCCUUGAGAGCCAGAUGCUGCCUGACCUGCUGAGUAUUUCAAUGAUUCUCUGAUUUCAACAUAGUAAAAAAUUCUUCAGAAUCUUCAUUACAAGUGCAACGUUCAUUUACCAAGGACAACAAGUUUGUACCCAGUCUUCCUGGUGUGGAAUCUCCAAGUGAAGAUAUAAUUCUGUGAUCAAUUCCAGGUUGCCAUGGUGAUCAACUACUGACUGUACUCAGUACACACCGUGGCAGGACAACGAGACCUGACAGAGGAUCACCAGCCAGACGCACAGAACCAUUCAGCCCUGUGAUCCUGGGACAGGAACUGUGUGUUCCAGUAGGACAUCAGGCACAACAAAUAUCCUGGACUGGAAUAGAGUCAAAACGAUAAAUGGUUGGAGAGGAGUUUUAACUUUCUGGGAAUUGAAGAAAGAGAACUGCAUGCCUAUCCCCAAAACACACCCUUUACCCAAACUCCCCUGCAGCAAAGAGAACAGAGAUUCCAGGAGAACACACAGCAUAUCGGAGAAGAAGACAAGCAUUCUACCAGCUGGAAAUAAUGUAUGAAAAUCUCAGCUCCCCACAAAUUGUAAAAGAUUUAGGAUUACAGGAUCAUUAUCCUCACAAACUGUCUCUUCAGACUGUCCAGGAGGUGUCCCAGGAUAAACUGGAGGACAGCAACCCAACUCGAGCAGAAGAUCUUCCCUGGCGAUUUCUCCAAAGGAUCCUCUCAGCCAAUUCACUGACAAGAAAUCCCAAAUGGCCACCUGAUCUCUCCUCGGAGGGUGAAGAUGAUGAUGAUGAUGAAGACUUCAGUGAUUUCUUUGAAGUUACAGCACCAGGGGAUGGUGAGAUGAAUCCUCUGGAUAUCAUUGCUGCCAUUUUCCUCUGUGCUGACCACUCUCUCCAGCAGGAACUGAUGCUGAAGAUGUCUCUUUGCCAGUUUGCAUUACCCUUUCUGAUGCCAGACAUACACAGUCACCCCAUGGACAAGGUGAGGGGACCCACAGAAGGGCCUGGUGCCACCCUUCUCCUCUGGGCCAUGAGACCCAUUGUUAAAACAUGGUGCCCACAUUCUCCUACAGACAGCAGCCCCGUUGUGGAGGUGCCCAUCGUGACAGCAGCCAUGCCAACGGUGUCCUUCCUCAGACUGGGAAGGUGCACAGUGUCCAAAUCCCGAAUCCUCAAUCUCACCCUGAGUCAGGCACAGCUGCAGCAGAACAUCUUCCUGCACUCCGAGAUGGAAUGUGGGAAUGUGCCCCGCAGGAUAUCCGAUGGAAUGGCGGAGAUCAGCUGGUAUCUCCCUUCUGGGAAGAGUAACACGGAUAUUUUCCCAGAGGCUGCUGUAUUCAUUAACCUCCGAGGCGAUGCUGAAACUUUCCAGGGAAACGCUCGGUUUCUGGCAAAAGUAUCCACUGCUCUCUUCAUUUUCAUUGAUGUUAUCGGUGAGAAGGAACGAGAAUUCCUCGCCUCUCUCCCACAGUCACCAGCAAAACUCUUUCUCAUAGUCAACACCCACAUCAAUCAGCAACACAUAACCCCCAAGCAGGUGAAGAAAAUGUUCAAAGAUCUAAAGUUAGAACCUCAACAAUGCCUUCUUCGGACAAAUGAAAAUGAAGCUAAUCUUGCAGAGAUAGUUUGUUCUCAGAUCAAACAAGUAAUUCUAGUGAGGGACAGGGACCAGACCUUGCUGAGCCUGGAGAAAAUGGCUGACAUUGCAAUGGAAAGUGGGAUUGAGGUCGAUGAACAUCAACCUGAAAUACAACGAGCCAAGGAACUGACCAAAAUACUGGACAGACUUGACUCAGGAGACAUUACUGGGUAUAAAAGGAGAGUGUUGCCCUUUCAUGGAGAGCCCUGGCAAGGGUUGUCUAAAGUUGAAAAAGAGAAAUCGCGGAUGAAACUCCGUGGGGACAGAACCACAGUCGUGUAUAACCACCAACUGGACCAGGAGAAGAACAGAAUCCGGGAAGCUCAGCUCAGACAGAGUCUGUCGGAAGAGAUGCGGCUGUUCAUCGAAUACCUCACCCGUCACGAUGGGGUUGACAGAGCCAUUUCCCUACAGUGGCUGAAGCUGGAACUGGACAGUAAAUCACAGGAAGUUAUGGCAGGAUUGCGUAGAAUUUAUAAAGAACUGUGCAAAGACUCAAAGCAGAAGGUGAAGGAACUGAAGGAGUUGGAUCAGAAGAUGUCUGAUAGUUCCCUGGGACUUGAGCACUUCAUGAGGGAAUUUGGCCAGGUUUAUGAACUUUCAGUGACUCGACACGUCACCCGAAGGACACAGAUCCACCCAAAGGUGCCGCAGUUCCCAGGGGUUGCUGCUGAACUGUUGCUGGAAGGGUUCCCACUGGAACUCAUCGAUGGAGACGUUUCCAACGUUCCCAUUCCAUGGAUCACUGCCGUACUCACAGAGCUGGCCAACAAAGUGGGAAGAGCUUGCCGAGUGUUUGUGCUGACAGUGAUCGGAGUUCAGAGCUCGGGCAAGUCCACACUCCUCAACACAAUGUUCUGUUUGCGGUUUGCUGUGAGCAGCGGCCGAUGUACUCGAGGGGCCUACAUGCAGUUGAUCAAAGUCACAGGGAGCCUGGCCGAGGAGCUGGGCUGUGAGUUCAUCCUGGUCAUUGACACAGAGGGGCUGAGAGCCCCAGAACUCGCAACACUGACAGACAGCUACGAGCACGACAAUGAGCUGGCAACGUUCGUGGUUGGAUUAAGCAACUUAACGUUGGUAAACAUCGGGAUGGAAAAUCUGUCAGAGAUGAAAGAUAUUUUACAGAUUGUUGUUCAUUCCUUAAUCCGCAUGAGGGAGACAGGAAAAGGGCCAAAGUGCAUAUUUGUGCACCAGAACGUCGGCGAUGUGAGUGCGCACGAGCAGAAUCUGAGAGGCCGUCAGAAACUCCUGGAGCAGCUGGAUAAGAUGACAGAGGCUGCAGCAAAGCUGGAGAAGGUAGACCGAGUAACGUUCCGGGAUGUGAUGGACUAUGAUGCUGACAAGGACAACUGGUACAUCCCUGGUCUGUGGCAUGGUACACCCCCAAUGGCUGCAGUCAACACCGGCUACAGUGAACACGUCUCCCAACUGAAGAAGAACCUAAUUCAGUGUCUAAUCCAACGGAGCAAAAGCCAAAGAGCUUUCACUAUCCCGGACUUUAUCAAAUGGAUGGCUGGGCUUUGGGAGCAGGUGAAACAUGAAAAUUUCAUUUUCAGCUUCCAGAACAGUCUGGUCGCAGAGGCUUACAACCACCUCUCCAUGAAGUACAAGGACUGGGAGUGGGAACUCUGCAAAUUCACUCACUCCUGGGGAAAUGAGGCUGAAAACAGAAUCAGCAAUGCCAAAGGAGAUCUCACUGAACUGCUCUGUAAUCUGGAGAGGGAGAUGAGGACAGAGAUGAGCAAAAGGGAGGGUGUCACUCUGGAUAAACUGCAAGCUCUGUAUGAAAGUGGGGCUGAUAACGUGUAUCUGAUGGAGAAAUACAGAGAGGAAUUUAAACUCAGCAUCUCCAGUUUAUGCAGCCGACUUCAGCACGAUUCAAUGCAGAGAUGUAGAGAUACCGUGAACAGACGGGUGGGACUGCAGGGUGUGGAUGAUAUUUGUAAUAAUUUUCACAGGAAGAUUGGAGAACAGGUCAAGGAACUUUUACAGAAUUGUAAAGUAGCAAAUCGGGUGUUGGGACACCAGGAACUGAAAAAUGAAUUUGAAACGAUGUGGAAAGGUACACUGUCUCAACUGGAGUAUCAGCCCUGCAGAGAAAGAAACAUUGAACUGGAGAUUGAAAAUCUUCUCAGAGAGGCAAUAAGAGCUCAAGGGAGAGUGAUUAAUGAAAGGCUAAAAGGUAAAAAUCUCUGUGAACUGGGGACCCAAUACCUUCAGAUUGAAGAGAAACACAUCAACGUGUCACAUUGGAGAUGGGGUACAAGUAAACUCAUUCCAUUCAGAUUGAAAUCAGACCUCGAUCAAGCAGCAAUGAUUACAAAGCCCAUCGAGGAUGAAUGCAGACAUUGGAUCACUGACAUCACAAAAAAGGACAUGGAUUAUGACAAUAAAUAUUGCAUUGAACUUUUGAACAUGAUAGAGGAAAAAGUUGACAAUAUUUCACAUCAAAACUUUUCAAUGUCUGAGGUUUUCAAGGCCGAGUUUAAACUUCACCUGUGUGGUUACGCUGUACCAAGAUUCCAGGAGAUGCACAGGAGGUUUAUCCACAACCACGACCCACGGAGAAGACUGGAAAACAUGAAAAAUCAAUACUUUGAUCGCUUCAUGGAUAUUUACACAGAGCAGGAUGAGAACCAGAGACAAGCAAAACGAUUUACACAAUAUUGUUUCUUGCCAGCUCUCCGAGACGCCACCCUCAAGACUCUCAGCGUGAACAUCGUGGAUGAUAUGAAAAAACACAACCCUGAGCGACAGUACAGUCUCCGCAACAACUUCACUGUGGCCCUCCUGGUCCACCUGAAACAAACACAUCGAUUUGAUAAAUAUCUACGGUACAUCAGAGACUUUGUGAAUUUCGCCAAAGACUGGCUCCAUCAGCAAGUUAUUAAACACUGCAAGACAGAACGCGAUGGGGAGAGCACAUUUACCUGUCUGGCUAAAGAAAUCCUCACAGAGAUCACUGGGCAAGCUAAGGACAUUGUUCAGGAUGCAGUGAAGCAGAACUUUGCUGGAAAUGCUGAGAGCUUCCUAAACAUGUUUGCUGAAAAGUUAAACACAAGAAUCUCGAUGCCCAAAGAUGAGAUGAAACUCGUUCUGCUUCAGAGUGGCAGUGAUGGCAAGAAAUGUUCAGAAGCCAUUCUGCCAUGUAUUGAAGAGGUGGAGCAGGAUCUCCUCCGUGAGGUAAAAGGCUGGGAUGUCAAAGCAAAGAUUGAAGAAUUAUCCAUUAAACCCAGGGAGGAGUUGUUCAAAGGGUUAUUCAAUUGUACAAUGAAAUGUCCUUUCUGUGGGGUUUUCUGUGACUCAGAGACCCCGGUUCACUCACAACACUCCUGUAAACAGCACAGACCUGAAGGGCUCAACAACUGUCGAUGGGCAGACAGUGAACAUCUUGUAAUGGAUAUCUGCACAGCUUCAGUCGCUGGUGAUACAAAAUUCCGAAAUAAAUACACAAAUGGGAAAUUCCUUCCCUACAAGGAUUAUCAAACAGUCAAUGAUUACUACAAAUCCUGGACUAUCCAACGGGAAAUUUCCGCACAGGCAGCAUCCUAUUGGAAGAAGGUUUUCUACACUUUCAAUCAGCAGUUUGCUGAUGAAUACAGGGCAAAGCCUGCAGAGAUCGAUGGAAGCUGGAACAUUGACUGGGAGGUGGUGAGGGAAGAAAUGAACAAGUCGUAUAAUACAAACAUUCAGUCUUGGUAAUGUCUCUUUAAAUGGCGUUACUCAGUGAGAGACAGACAAAGGGAAACUGUCUUCCUCGGAAGAAUUUGGCAGAGUAAAUCAGUGUGUUCAAAUUAAAAUCCAAUCACAAAUCAUCAAAAGAAUUAGCAGAGCAAAAGGAAUGUUUCAUUCCUACAUUCAUGGUCCUGCCCUCAUGGUUAAUAAAGUCCUCACUUACUCACCCUUCCCCAUAACUCAGGUCCUCAAGUCCUGGCAACAUCCUUAUAAAUUGUCUCUGCUCUCUUUCAAGCUUAUUAAUAUCUUUCCUGUGGGGAGAUGACCAGAACUGCACACAAUACUCCAAAUCAGGCCUCUCCAAAGUGUUGUCCAACUUCCAAAUCCUAAUUCCUGUACUCAGUGUCCUGGUUUAUGAAGGACAAUGCACCAAACACUCUCUUUAUGACUCUAUCUACCUGUGAUGCCACUUUCAAUGAUGGCUCUCUAUUUCCCACCCUUAUCCCGAUAUCCCAGAUCCCUCUCAUUCCCAGAAAUCUGUUGAUCUUGUUUUGAGCCCAGCCAAUCACUGAGCCUCUCUCUACAGCUCCAGGGUGGAGAAUCUUUGCCCCUCAUCUCCACUCACAUUCCCAUUUCAGUAAACUUGGAAAUGUUACUUUUGGUCUCCUCAAACAAAUAACUAUCAGUGAACAACUGGGACCCAAGCACUAAUCCCUGUCUAAAAUACCUGACGGAUCACAGACCAGUCAUGUGAGAAGGACACAUUCCUUCCUACCAUUUCCUUUCUCUACAUUAACCAAUGUUCAGUCCAUGCUGGAAAUCUCUCCCAGUUCCAAGUGCUCUCGUCUUCUCUCCCCAACUCCAUGUGAUCCAAACUUGUUCACCAACCUCCAGUGAGAGACCUCAACAAUAACCUUCUGAAAAUCCAAAUACAUCACAUCUACUGGAUCCCCCUGAACGACUUCACUCGAUACUUCCCCAAAGACCUCGGAAAGACCAGUCAAAUGUGACUUCCAUUUCAUUAAUCCAGGCUGACUCGACUCACUCAUAAUAUUUUCCAAUGACCUUGAUAUCACAUCCUUCAUUGUAGAUUCCACCAUUUCUCCGAAUGCCAGUGACAGGCUAACAGUUUGGUAGCUCACUGUUUCCUCUCUCCCUCCACUCUGGAGGAGUUCAGAGAGUCUGUGGUCUGCUGACCUGACCCACUGAGUUCCAGCAGCUCGUUUUCCAUCCCAGAUUCCAGUCCCUGCAGACCCGUGUGUUCCCAGCAGACAUCACUGAGCAGCUUCAGCAGGCAGCUCAUUCCCUUCAGCACAUUGAAUAAAGCACUCUGCUCACACACUGUUUCUCCUCCCUCAGAUGCUGCCUGACCUGCUGAGCAUUUCCAGAUUUCCAGCCUCUGCAGUUCUUUCAUUGUCACUGACUCUGUCUGACCGUGUGAGAUUUUCUAAACACCUUGUCAUCGUUCCUUCAGUGUGUGUUCAGCAAUUUUCCCAGUGACAGACAUCAAGACACCGAGUUUCCUGCUUUCUACCUCCGUCCUUUCUGAAAUAGGAUCCUUACAUUUGUAGUUUUCCAAUCAGCUGGGCCUGUUCCAGAAUCUGGGAAAUCCUGGAACAUCCCAUCUAUCUGGAACUUCAACAUUGGAACAUGGAACAGUGUAUCACAGUACAGGCCUUUCCCCCAUGAGAUUGUGCCAACUAUUUAAACAACUCUAAGGUCAAUCAAACCCCUCCCUCCCACAUAUCCCUCCAUUGCCCUAUCACCCAUGUGCCUAUCUAAGAGUCUAUUAAAUGCCCCCAAUGUAUCUGCCUCUACCACCACCCCAGGAGUGUGUUCCACACAACCACCCCUCUCUCCAUAAAAAUAACUUACCUCUCCUCUAUUUCCUCCCAACACUUUAGAGUUACGCCCCCUCGUAUUACCCACUUAUGCCCUGAGAAAAAGUUUCUGGUACUUAUCUCGUACACCUUUAUCGAAUCACCUCUCAUCCUCAUUGUCUCCAUAGAGAAAAGCCCUUCCUCACUCAAACUUGUCCUCAUAAAACAUGCUCUCUAACCUAGGCAACAUCCUGGUUAGUCUCCUCAGUUCCCUCUCUAAAUCUUCCACAUCUUUCCUAUAAUGAGGUACCGAAACUGAACAUAAUAUUCCGAGUGUGGUCAAACCAGGGUUUACUGAUCUGCAACAUGAUCUUGUGGCUAUUCGACUCAAUAUCUUGACUAAUAAAAGCCGACACACUAUACACCUACUUAAGGGCCCAAUUAACUAACAACAGCUUUGGAUAUGGACCCCAAGGUUCCCCUGUUCCUUGACACUGCUCUGAAUCCUGCCAUUAACUCUGUAUUCUGCCUUGAAGUUCGAACUUUCAGAAUGAACCACCUGACACUUUUCUGGAUUGAAGUCCAUCUGCCUCUUCUCAGCCCAGUUCUGCACCCUGUCAAUGUCCUGUUGUAACCUACAGCAUCCUCCUGCACUAUCCAGACCUCCACCAAUCUUCAUGUCAUCUGCAAAAGUCCAUCCACUUCCUCAUCCACGUUCUUUAUAAAAAUGACAAAGUGCAGGGCUCCCACAACACCACGGGUCAGGGAUCUCCAGGCAGAAUACCCUCCCUCACCUCCCACCCUCUGCCUUCUGUGUGCAAGACAAUUCUGAAAUCAGGCAGCCAUGUUUCAGAUCCCAUAACUCCAGGCCUUGUGAAUGAGUCUACCUGGGGAGAGGAAGGGGAACAGGGAGAUGCAAUGGGAAGUUGGAAGGGGGAGUAGGGACAGUGGAGUGUGGAGAGGAAGGGGAGAGGGUGAAGGGUAGAGCUUGGAGGGGGUAGGAGACAUGUGUGAGAGAGAGUUAGAGAUAUUGAUGCUGGGAAGAGUUCAAGAAACAUUCUCCUGAGGAGAGGGAUGGGAUCUCUCACCAGUCAAAUGGCGCCAAGCUGUGAUCUCUGUCGAGGUCGUGGCUCAGACUCAGAUGAUUCUGUUUUGCUUCUUGGGUUUUUUUUUUUAGCGUUUGUUCAUUGGGGGGACAGACGGGGAAUUGGGGGUUAGGGUUUAGGGACAUGGAGCAGGAGCUGGUAUUCAGAAUCCAGGUCAGAACACUCCACAAUCAAAGGUCAGUUUGGCAGGCAGUAAUGAUGGAGGUUAGCAAUCCCUCUCAGUGAGUCUUGGGUUGUAGUCCAUCAUGGCAGGAGGAGACCCAAAGGUCAAAAGCCUGUGAUAAGUGGGGUCAAUACCCAGAGGAUGGAAAGACCAGAGCGCAUGGCCCAAGGUUGAAGUUCAGAUGUGGACAAGACUGUAGAGUGACAUCUAAAGAUCAAACAGCAAAGUUGGUGAGACUGGAGAUCAAGGCCUGAAGGUAGAAUCCCCAGGGUUGCCCUGUCUGGAGAUUGAGGGACAAUGUCUGUAAGUCCGUGCCAGGGACUGAGGCUGGAGGACCAAUAUCUGUAAGUCAGAGUCUGGGACCAAAGAAAAGCUGCCUUUGUGUGUGAAGGGGAGGGGUCGGAUGUGGAAAAGGGGCUUGUUUUGCUGUUAUUGUUGUUGCUGCCAGUUGUAUUUUCCUGCUGAACGUUGGGUUUGCUAUCUUGGCACCGGAAGGUCUGGUGACGUUUGUGAACUGCCUCCAGCACAUCCUUCAGUGUGAAUGCAAACACACAUUUCACCGUAGGUUUCAAUGUAGAUCUGAGAAAUAAAUCUGAAUAUCUGAGAGCUUUGGGAAGAAACGUAUAAAAAGGUGCCGGACAAGAUCACCGACAGCACUGACUCCGGAGAGCAACCAGUGAAGAAGACGCUGAGUCAGGGACUCUGAGAGGAACUCACGGUGAACCCUGGCCAGGUUCAUCUGGGGUGGGGAACACCUGAACAGGGGCGGGGGGGUUUUGGGAGUUGUGAGAGUAAACUAAAGAGAUGUGUAACUAAAUAGUUAACGUUUGAACUGUGUAAUUACUCCUUGAACAAAUCCUGAUCAAUAAAGACAACAGUUAUUGGUCAGUCAUCGUCUGGAAUGUUCUAUCAUGUGAUGUGUUUAACUGGGAAUAGGGUUCACCAGUGAAGUUCACUUUGUGAUCAGAAAGCCGUGGAAC